CUUCUCUACUCUGUUCACUCUGUUUCCGUGAGUGUGCGUGUCUUUCUCACUCCUCUUCUUCUUCUCCUUCUCUCUCUAGUUCAUGAUGUAGCAGAGAAGCAAUGGGGAAACGAACAACGAAAAGUUCGAGAUCCCAAACCUUACCUUCAUCUCCCUCGCAUUCUUUCUCUUCUUCUUCUUCUUCCUCCGAUUUCGAAUUCACCAUCUCCGUUUCACCUCGUCAAGCUUCCACCGCUCUUUGUCCUGCCGAUGAGCUUUUCUACAAAGGUCAGUUACUUCCUCUCCAUCUCUCUCCUCGUCUCUCCAUGGUUAGAACGCUCAUUCUCGCCUCCUCUAGCACGUCGUCUUCUUCCGACACCAAUAGCACCACCGCAUCGCGAGAUUCCACCGGAAGUUCCACUGAAUCUCACUCAUCCUUCAGUAGCGACAUCGUGCUACUCGGUGAUUGCGAUUCCUCUAGACCUAGCUCUGUUACUGAAGACGAUGAGUUCAGAGCGCGAUUCGGUAUCAAUAAUACGAAAAAUCACAAGAAGAAUCACUCCAAUCCUAACUUGCAAAGUCCGAUGAAGAAGAGUAAAUACUUCUCACUCUCGAGAUUUUCUUCUGUGUUCAGAAAAGAAUCGACGACGAAGAAUAAUAAUUCAGAAUCUGAAACAGUAUCUGGAUCGCACGUUAAGAAAAUCAGUUCCUCAGCGAAGGAAGUUUUCAGGAAGUAUUUGAAUAAAGUGAAGCCGUUGUACGGGAAAAUUUCACAAAAACACCACCACCAACAACAACAUGAAUGGAAAACGAAGAGUGAUAGAUCUGGUAAGGAGGAUAAAUUAUCAGAUAUGGAGUUUUCAAGCAAUAACUCCGGGAAAGAAAGUGGAUCGAGAGCUCUAUCGCAUUCAUUUUCCGGUAAUUUAAGAUAUCCGAGAAGAAGAAACGUUGCGUCGAGUUGUCCUUCAUCGAUUAGGUCAUCGCCAAGCCAUUCCGGCAUUCUAUCGUCUCGAACCGGAUUAUCGAGCAUGUAUCCAGCUAAUAGAGUGGGAACGACGAUGAACCACAGCAACAACACGUCGUCAAUGGAGGAAUUGCAGAGUGCGAUUCAAGGUGCAAUUGCUCACUGCAAAAGCUCCAUGGUGGAAAGCAAGAGGAGGACGACAACAACAACGACAAGGACGACGAUGAGUAAUGAGAUUUGAUUAAUGAAAUAAUAAUAAUUAAUUAACUCUUUUAAUUUUGGGUUAUAACCCAAUUAAAUGUUAAUUAUUAAUUAGAAAGCUGUUUGUGUUACGUUUUGUACUGUAGUGUCAAUCACAUCUGUGCUUGCUUCUAGGAGGAACUCCUCGUUUGAAAUUCUUGUAAUUUUCUCUCUUUUCCCUUUUGGAAUUUUUAUUUUUAUUGCAUGGCAUUGGCAUGUUCCUGUGUUUUUAUUUGACAUUAGAAUCUAAUCAACUUAUUGUGACUGUGUAGCCUUGGAAACUGUAAUCAACUUUUAAGUUUUUUCUUCAUUUA